ACGACUUAUGUUUCUGCAUGAUUCAUUUGACAAAGCCUGACAUCGAAGUGUGUUUGAAACAAGCAUGUAAUUUCCGCUUGGAAUCUCAUCAGACAGGUUUAAGUUCACUCUAUCUGGGAGAGAGAGCGCUGAGUGAGGAGGGAGGGACAGAUCAGUCAACCAAAACCAAACAACAUGUAAGAUUUUCGAUCAUACCUGUACAGCUGGAUAUCCUACAACACGACGACACUAGGGCGAGAGACCAACGGAUAAAGAAAAAAAGAGUCUUACAGAGGUUUGGAUUUCCAGAACCCACCCUGCUCCAGAGGACUAAAGGAAGGAAUAUACUACUGAAGCAGACAGAUCUGUUACACAACAUGUGCACACUUUAGCCAGUAGUGCCUCAUUCCAGUGUGAAACUGCUGAUUAGAGAUCUGCACAGCCAUGCCAUUCUCAAGAAGCUUCCUGUCUGAAGAUCAGCUGCUGUGCUCCAUCUGCUUAGAUGUGUUUGACAAUCCAGUGUCCACGCCAUGUGGCCACAGCUUCUGCAUGAACUGCAUCGGACACUACUUUGACUCCGUGAAGAUCUGCCAGUGCCCCCUCUGCAAGCAGACCUUCAAGAGAAAGCCCGAUCUCCACAUUAAUCGAACUCUCCGCGAGAUCACCGAACAGUUCAAGCGCAUGAAGGAAACCCCGGGGGCCUCUGGAGGGGACGGCUCAGGCAGAGAUACUGAGGAAGGCGUAAGAAAACAAGACUCAGUGGAUGGGACACUAAGGCCAGGCCAACCUCCAGGUUAUCUUCUUGAGGAAAUGAAGAGGAGACUCACACGGCACAGGACACACAGCAUUUCUCCGGCCUCUCACAAUGAAACCGGGUCUGAACUACCUGUCUCACCAAACACUGAGAGUACUAGUGACACCCAGCCAGCUGGUUUUGCCAAACAGUUGUCCCAGCGAAGGUAUACCCUGAGUGGGGCGGCAGAUGCCAUGAAAGUGCCGCUUUGUCCAAAACAUCACCGUAGCCUGGAGCUUUUCUGUCGAUCUGAUCUGGAGUGUGUUUGUGUUGAGUGUGGACAAACUGAACACCAGUCACAUGACAUCACAAGUGCAGAGAAAGAGUGGCAGAGUCAUAAGAUGAAGAUUGGUAUCACAGAGACUGAGAUACAGGAGAUGACCAAAGAGAGGAUGCAGAAAGUGGACGAGAUCAAACAAUCACUAGUUAAUAUCAAAAUGUUGUCAGAGCAAGAGGUGCAGCGCAGCAUACAGCUGUUCGGAGCUUUGAUAAGCUCCCUCGAGCGCAGUCAGGCCGGGCUGCUGGAGGUGACUGAGAUAAACCGUCGCUCAGCAGAGCACCAGGCUGAGCUCAUGAUCAGAGAGCUGGAGCAGGAGAUUACAGAGCUGAGGAGGAGAAGCACAGUGCUGGCUAAACUGGCCAAGACUGAAAACUACAUCACUGGACUGAAGGGCUACUCUGACGUCAACACUCCCAACUCAAUGAAGGACUGGACGGGCGCCUCACUGACCUUUGACCUUGGAAGUACAGCAGUUUACAGCUCUGUCUGUCAGCUACUGGAACAGUUUAAAGAGGAGCUUCAGAAAGUUCCUGCAGUCUGUCGCCCUGUGUCUGCUAACCAAUCACCGGUGAAGUUACACCCAAAAGUGAGGAGAAUACAGGAAUAUGCAGUGGAUGUGACCUUGGACACCAACACUGCUCAUCCUCGUCUCAUCCUAUCAGAAGACAAGAAGAAGGUGUGGUGUGGUGAAAGGCACCAACAAGUUCCCAACAACCUUGAGCGCUUCGACCGUGUGGUCUGUGUCCUGGGCUGCGAGGGAUUCACCAGUGGCCGACACUACUGGGAGGUGGAGGUGGAUGGAAAGACGGACUGGGAUCUGGGAGUGGCGAGUCAUUCCUCCAACAGGAAGGGUAAGAUCAUAGUCAGCCCCAGCAACGGCUACUGGUUUCUUAGCUUGCGGGACAAGAACAACUAUGCCUUCAGGACUGAGCCUUCCACUGCCUUACCCCUCAACCUGAGACCUCAGAAGAUAGGGCUGUUUGUGGACUACGAAAAAGGCCAAGUGUCCUUUUAUAAUGUGGACACAAAGAUGCACAUUUACACAUUUAUGGACCACUUUUCAGAGACCAUUUAUCCAUUUUUCAGUCCCUGUACCAAUAAAACAGGCAGAAAUGAUGCUCCGCUGAAGAUCACGCCUGUCCUUAUGGAUUGAACAGUGAAAUGUA